UAAGAGAUACUAUUGUUUGCAUUUAAUAGAUAAGACUGCUCAGCGAACUCCAAACGUGCGAAUUUAAGUACAAGUGACGGAUUAAUCAGUUUAUGACUUGUCAGUGAAGUGAACAAAUCGUGGAAAAUGCCAAGUUUGAACAAUUUGAAGGACAUAUCUCCUGUGAUUCCGAAAGUCGGUGCUAUCGGUGAAAGUUCCUUGCUUCAGAGGAGAGCUAACUCCAAAGAGGAAUUGGAUUACUCCUAUCACAAGUAUGACAGUUACGAUGACGUUUCUUUGGGACCUAGUAGUCCACAGCUGCCACCUAAACCAUUUUUCUUGGAGAAACCCAAAAGGCUUACCAACAUGUCGAGGGACAACAUGAUAUGUUCCAAAUGUGGAGAUGGUUUUGAACCCGAAGAAAAAAUCGUCAAUUCUACGGGCCAGUUGUGGCAUCAGCAUUGUUUUGUGUGCGCCCAGUGCUUCCGUCAGUUUGCAGAUGGCGUCUUUUACGAAUUCGAUGGUCGCAAAUACUGUGAGCAUGACUUCCAAGUGCUCUUUGCGCCGUGCUGCAACCAAUGUGGAGAGUUUAUAAUUGGGAGGGUCAUCAAAGCCAUGAAUGCCAGCUGGCAUCCAAAAUGCUUCAAGUGCGAAAUGUGCUCCUUGGAGCUGGCUGAUACAGGUUUCAUCAAAAAUGGAGGCAGAGCCUUAUGUCACGAAUGUAAUGCUAAGGUUAAGGCUGGAGCAUUAGGCAAAUAUAUAUGCAAUAAGUGCCAUGCUAUUAUCGAUGAUCAACCCUUGAAGUUUAGGGGUGAGGUGUACCAUGCAUAUCACUUCAAUUGUUCUGCAUGUGGUGUUGAGCUGGACAGCAGCGCUAGAGAGGUUAGAAACAGAUCUGGAUUUGCUAAGAACGAAAUGAACGAGCUUUAUUGCUUGAGAUGCCACGACAAGAUGGGUAUUCCAAUCUGCGGAGCAUGCAGAAGACCUAUCGAAGAACGUGUUGUUACUGCUCUUGGAAAACAUUGGCAUGUUGAGCAUUUUGUUUGUGCUAAAUGCGAGAAACCGUUCUUUGGACAUCGUCAUUAUGAGAAGAAAGGUUUGGCUUAUUGUGAAACUCACUACCAUCAACUGUUUGGGAAUUUGUGCCAUGUAUGUAAUCAGGUUAUCGCUGGAGAUGUGUUUACUGCCAUGAACAAGGCCUGGUGCGUCCACCACUUCGCCUGUUCGGUGUGCGAUCAGAAAAUGAACCAAAAGACGAAAUUCUACGAAUACGAUUUGAAGCCAGUAUGCAAGAGAUGCUACGAGAAGUUCCCAACUGAGUUACGAAAGCGUUUAAGAAGACAACAUGAAGCUACCCCAAGAAAACCCGGUACACCCGUACCAACUUAAACAGGUUUUUGCAGUUUGAUUGACAGGGGAUACACAAAAAAGUUUCAUAAAAAUUAAAAUUGUUUUUACAGAAUAGUUCAAUUAUAUUUUCGCGGUUUCACAAAAUUUGGUAGACCCAUAGACAUAAUAAAAAUAGACUAGGCGUCGUGUGGAAUAGAGGAAAUUCCACCCAAUAAGGUCCAAAAUUAAAGAAAAAAAUUGUUGAAACAUAAAAAUAUAUUAGCUGACAUGAAGCUUAAACCAUAGACAGACAAAUUCAACCUAAUAAACCCUUUAGAUAGGAAAAUUAAUAAAACUUAAUGCAUAUAAGUUAUUAUUUAUGUCUUUUAUAUAGUUUCGUGUCUUUUGGUUGGUAUUUCAUUGAUUUCCCCCCACCCCUCAAGGCAAAUGUCUAGGUAUGCCAAGAAUCGUGGAGCAAAUUAGUGUAACGCGGAUCACUCAUUCACUCGAUCAGUGGUCUAUCUCUCUUUAGCAGCGCUUGCGCAUUACACAUAUGCCACUGUCACUGUACUGUGUGUUAAGUAUAACAUAACCUUUUGACUGCCUUCCGUUUAACUCAACAAUAAACUUAUAUAUAGAUAUAAUAAAUGCACCUGCCACCUUCAGCGUUCUAUUAUUCCCAUCUAUAUUGGUUUGGAAGAUCACGCGCUUAUGACAAAGAUAGCUAGACCACUUAAUCCUAAUACUAUCGUUUCACCUCUGUUCACAGAGGACUCAUACCUUACUUAGUCUAUUCUUAUUAUGUCUAAGAGUAGACCUCAUAAUAUAUGUGCUAUUUAAACAUUUGGACGGCCUCAGUGCAAAAGGUAACAAGUCAUUUUUCGGAUUUUUUUUAUCAUGUGAUAUUCAUUGUUUUACCAAUGUCUAGCUCUGUGCAAAAAGAAACAAGUCCACUACUACUGAAAGGCUACAUUUUUUUACGUGUAGAAUGUAACAAGUUAAAUAUGAAUAAUUUAAUUUGUGCAAAAGGAAAUAAGUGGACUUGUUACCUUCAGGAAAGUAUUUGAAUUUAUCACCAUAAUCACUGCCUGGUUGACUUGUUUCCAAUCAGUAAAAGUACAUAAAGUCAUUUUAUAAUAAAUUUAGUAUUGUUGUGCCUUAAAGUGGCUGAAAAAAAGAAAUAGUGUCUGAGUAAGUCUGUGUCAAUGGUAACGAGUAAGGAAAAUAUUGUGCAUUUUGUAACAAGUCGAAAAAUUUAAUUAAAUUAAAAGUCCAACUAUAAAAUUUUUUAAAGUUCAAUAAAAACCACUAUUUUGUAUUGUUUUCUGAAAAAAUUUAUUCGAAAAAACCCAAGAACCGUUUUUCUCAUUUCCUCAAAACCAGUAAAUUUGACUUGUUACCUUUUGCACUGAGGCCGUCCAUUUUAUUCAGCGAUUUUAAGUAACUUAUUUUAACUGUUCUGUCGUGCGACUAAUAUUAUAGAGUAGUGAGAUAAUAGUAGUGAGAAUUAUAAUGAAUUAAACAGUUUUAAUUUUUGCUUGUUUCGCUUGUAAAGGUGUUUACUAUUAUCAUGUACAUUAUUUUAAAUUUGGGGCGGCGAAAACCAAAGUGGUUUAAGUCACAUGCAUAAAAGUUUGAAAAAAAAAGUAUUAGAAAUCUGGAGCAUGUAAUAUUUCAUGAAAAAGAGAUGUACCUAACCUAAACUAACAGCAGAAAAGUCUGUUAUACAGAGUGUCCCGAAAAUAGUGCGUUCCUUUAAGGUAUGGAUAUAAUACACAAUUUAGAACAAAAAUGUCCUAUAACAUUUUGUUCUAAAGUUAAGAGGAUCGGUACGUAUUUUCGGCUGCAAUGCAAUUCAAAUGGGGAUUCAUUUUUUUCGAAUCCUGAGAAAACUAAUAAGUAUUUUUGAAAAAUUUAAACGCAGAAUGAAAGAUCACGUUAUUAGCGAGGGCCGAAAGUCCCUGAGAACUUCUAUAAUGUUUAUUUUAAUAAGUUACAGGGGUGAAAAACUAAGAGAAAAUUUAGUGUGAUUUUUAAUUUCAAAUAUAUCAUUCAAAAUAAACUUUUUAUUUAUUCUAAGGGACUUUCGGCCCUCGGUAAUAAUUUAGUCUUUCAUUCUGCGUUUAAAUUUUUCAAAAAUAUUUAUUGGUUUUUUCAGGAUUCGAAAAAAAUAAACACAAUGCCGUGGUAAUAUUUUCCAAAUCUAUCUUUGUCUUACAACGCACUCAGCCGAAUAUAAUAUUGUCAGCAUAUAUUGUCAGUCAGACACUGACAAUCAGUGACAAUUUUAAAUAUUUGACAUUACAUCGGGAAUAUGUUGAGUUAUUGAUUAAAUAUUAUUGAAAUAUAGUGUAUUUGAUAAAUAAUUGAUUUAAGACGUGAACUUAAUAAAAAGUUAUUUAUUGUGUAUUAUUUGUGGAAGAUCCAAGCAGAGAAUACAUCAGGAUAAUAUAUUCUGUGAUCCAAGUAUUUUGUUGUUAAAGAUGUUCAAAAUUGUAAGCGUUCCAUAACAAUAUAUUAUUAAGAAAUCACUUUAACACUUUUCCUCUUUUCUCGAUUGAGUAUUAGUCUUUGUUGUACAAAUAAAUUAUUACAAUCACUGAAUACAUAGUUAGUGAAAAAAUUAUCACAUUUAUUAACUGAAUUAAUAAUUUCCAAUUAUAAAAAUAACAGUUAUCCAAGAACAUUCAAAACCCAUCUCUUGAAAUUAAUAAUGACAUUUUCAAGUAGAAUGACAUUCUAGUAAUGUUUACAUAUCCAUACCAGUGUGAAUUUUACUACGCGUAAUUUGCCGUGUAAAGACAGAAAAAGUAGGGAUACAUGUAAAAUAUUUGCGAAUUAUGUAUCCAUAGCCUUAACCGUUUCCAAGAAAAAAAUUACGUUGUUCUCUAUAUAAGUGAAUUUUUAUUUUCAUAAAUUUGAAUGACAUGGCAACAACGUAGCCUAGAAGAACUUGCUGUGACUGUGGAAAUUUAGCCUAAUAACCCCUUGUUUAUUUACUUUUGAGGUGUGAUUUUUGGGGUUGUUGACAUCGUAGGUACCUACCUGCAAAAUAAUGGAUAUGGGUUUGGUUGAUAUUUACAUUAUUUUACCUACCAGAUGCAACUGACCUACAAACCUACUUUUUUAAUCUUUAGAUUUUUGAGUUGCGCGUUGUUGCCAGACUUCAAUUUGCAUAUCAAAAUGUAUUUUCGUUUAAGAAAUUUGUUUAAAAAAUGUUAUAAGACUUUUUUGCUCUACAUUGUGCUUUCUACCUAUACCUUUAAAGAAGCACUAUUUUCGGGGACACCCUAUAUAGUGUUCUGGUAUUGGAAACAAAUAAAUGCAAAAAAACAACGAACAGAAAUGAAUGACCACACCUAAGGAGGCUUUUACAUCGGAAGAUGGAUGGAAUAGCUGUUGAUGAUGAUAGUGUUCUAGUUUCAUAAUAGGUUGAUGCCUAUUUUAUCUUCAAAUUCUUAUUGGAGGAUGACCAGGUCUCCAUCUCUUUCUUGCCUUUCCUGUACUUCUUCAGCCAUUCUACUUAUACACUUGCAUUACUUUAGUUGAAAAUUCGUUAAUGCUGCCAUCUAGAAGAAAUACGCCAAAACUGGAACUUGUGCUUUAAGAACUUCUCAGUGGUAGAAUUUCCGCAUUGUUUGUAAAAAUUCACCACUUUAGCUUUCGUCGCCUUAUUCACCACUGCCAUAACUAGUUUAUUAAUCUAUUUUUAAUUAAUUAAAUUAACUAAGAGCCUCAUAUUAUAUUCUUUAUUAAUACUUGGUUGAAAUCAUAUGGAAAACGAUUGUUAACUUUUUGUUAUCCUUUAUUAACACUUCAGCAUGUUUAAAACAAAAUAAACUACUGAAACAUCAAGAUUUUAUGCUAUUGGCAUUGUGUAGGUUUUAAAAACAUGUAAAUUUUUAACUUUUUUAAAAUAUAACUUCCAUAUUAUUCCAACUUAUCUAAACACACUGUAUAAUUUGUUUUAUGACUUAUUUGCUCUUCUGUACAUAGUGUUAAAACAGAUAUUUAAUUUUUAUUUAAUGUUUUUUUACUUUAUAUUAUUAAAAACAAUCUUCUAAAGAGAUUGAAUGAAUUGUAUGUACAAUCAUUAAGUUAGGUUUCUUUUUUAACAGUGCCAAAUGCCAAACUUUUGUCUAAAUUUCAGAUUGACUCCAAGCUGAGAAAAUAAAAGAUCUUGUUUUUUAUCCAACGUUGUCUAUUUUUUAAAUAUAACAUAUUCUUAAAAUAAAAAUUGACAGAUAUCUAAUUCCAAGGUGUAUGUAAGUGAAUAAGUUGAGUUAAGGUAUGUUAGAUUGUUUUUUGAUUAGAUUUGAUACGAUUAAGAGAUCUGUGUAUAUGAUCAGCAAUUUCCUAUUUUUUAUGAUUUUUUCUUUGUAAUAUUGUAAUAAUAAUUAUAAAUAUAACACGUAUUUUCUACAGUUUAAUAUAUUACUAAACUGAGAUAGUUCUUUUGACAAAAGUUUGGUAUCCGAACACUGAAGAGUUUGAUUAACUUUUAGUCUUAGCAUCUAAAAUAUUUUAACGCCUAUCAGUAUCUUUUUAAGUGCUUCUGUGAACAUACGAGCCCAAACGCAUAUGAAUAGGACCAUAACCAAUAUGCAAAAGAACCGAACGCACCAAAUUUAGUCACUCUUAGUUUGUCGCCACAAUGCCACCCGACAUCACAUAAUUAGUUACAGUACAGUUUCGUAGUAAAAAUCCCACGUUUGUGGGUAAGUUUAAUUUUUUGCAGUCAUUUAAAGAUGAUAUAAAGAAAAAAUUUUCUUUUCUUCCCAGGGCAUAUUGGUUUUAUUCCAAUUCAAUGCGUCUGGGCUCGUAUACUCGUAUUAUAUUUAAGUAAAUUGCUAUGAGCAAUAGUAUCAGUGCCCCAGUGUUGAGAUGAGCCAAUGUAUACACAUCGACUAAUAGAAAUAUAUUAAAUGUCAAUGUGUAACAUUAUACUAGUUUUAAAUAUUUAUUUAGUGGGCUGUAUCUAAUAUUUGUCUGUUUUAACGUUUUUUAUAGUCCUGGCGUAUAGUAUGUUUAUAUUAGAAGUUUGAGGAUGUGAUAUCCUCAUUCAUAGUCAAAUUGGGUGAGUAGUAAUUCACGAAAAAUCUUCUUGAACUACUCGUACAUUUUUAAAACGAAACACUUUUCGAAAUAAUCUAAAAUCCCGGGCAGAUUUGAACUCUAUAUUAAUUAGUGUAUAGUAAGCUUACAAAAGUGUUUGGAAAUUUUUCUCUCUAUAUAACACGAAUGCCACAUUUUUUCGAUUCAAGGGCAUUUGGCUGUCGACCAAGGAGUUGACUGUUAGGCGUUGUAUUGUGAUAAAAAUUGCAAAGAAAUACAAAAUCACACUACAUUAAUAUACAUUAAAAGGAAAAAGAUAAGUUCAUAGUUAACUUAUUAACAUAAAACUUAUAAAACCUAUACAGAAGUAAAAACUUCAAAUUGUAUUUUGGUAUAAAAUAGUUUAUUUAAAACUUCUAAAAGUCAUCCACAUGGAUUGCAAAACGUUUUCGUUCUGAACAGAACAUCUUCAGUGCCUGGAAUGAAGUAUUUCCACGUUAGAUUAAGGCAAAAAGGUUAAAAUUGUGACUGUUAAUGAGAAAAUUAUGUGGAGAAUACUUACAUUCCGCAAAGUAGUUGUAACUAGCACACCAAUGAAGGUGGUAACUUCAAAAUAUAUGGCUUACAUUGUACCUUAUGAUAAAAUAUUAUGACUACAAGUCGAUGUUACUAGAUUAAAAUAUGUAUGUGCCUAAAGAGCAACAUGCUUCCCUGCUCGAAAAAACUAGGUACUUGCCAUUUGAAUUAGCACAGACCAACUGAUGUAAAAUGAAAAGGAAUGACAAAGAGUGACAUGAUAAGACAAGGUAAAGUCAAUUUUUGGUUACGAACUUCAAAAAGUGUAGUUUUAAUUUUUUGGAUUUUAAUAAAAUGUAAAGGUAGGUAAAAGCUGAUUGAAAAUAUAAUUAAAAAUGUUUAGAAAAUAAGUUGAGAAUCUAUUGUAAAGUCUAAAUAGCAACUCUCUAAUCCAGAAAAAACUUUAGGUUUGUUGGAAAUAAGAUCGGUAUAAGUCAUGGUUAGAAGCUUGACGUCAUCGAUUGUUAAAUUUAAAGGUGAAAGUUUAAUUUGGUGUAAUAGAAUGAGAUUUAUACUAUAUGUAAACAAUAAAUGACCUGAAGUGGAGAGAUUGGAUGGUAAAUAAAGCGGAUUUUAAUGUAAAUGUUAUAGAUAUAUGUAAUGUUGGUUGCCUAACAUGGUGAGGAAUGUUUAAAUUUGGCUGUAUACUGUUGUAAUGAUGAUUCUGUCUGUUAAAAUUGUAAAGGAAAUUAUGGAAAAAAUUAAAGUUAAAAUAACUAAAAGAAUACAGAUCAAGAGUAGAUUACAAUAUUAAAGAAAUAAUUGUAAACAAUGGAAUUAAUAAAAUAAUAAUGGAUUAGUAACGAAAAGGAAAAUAAAAUAUGUGACGGCCAAAUCUAAUUACACUUUAUGUUGUUUAGGAUGGGAUAAAAUCGUUCAAGAAGAAAUACCAUGAAGGCUUCCAGCAGCAGUGGUUAAAGUGUGGGUGAAUAAUGUAAUGAUAUCUAAUAAUAUAGGAUAAUUAUGUGUUAGUGUCAAUAUGUAAUGGAGAAUCUAGAAUGCUGAGUAUCUGAGAUAGCGAACUAUGAGUUUGAUGUGGUAUAUGGUAGGGGAGUGAACAAACCGAACCAAGUUUGAUGUAAUGUUAGUGCAAGUUUAUAAUCUUAAAUGACAGAGAUGUUAACCAGAAUUAAGAAUGAUGUAAAAGAACUAAUAUGAAAUUAAAUUAAAAUAGCUGAGUAAUGUGGGUUGCCUGAUAUGUAGAUGGAAAAAAAGAAAAAAUGAACAGACUGAAUUUAAGCUAAUGGAUUUAUGUUUGCAGUACCCUAUUGUUUAGUAUAGUCUAAUAAAAUUAUUUUGAAAGAGAAAAAGGUAACAUCAAAAUAAAAAAGUUAGUAAAAUGUGUAGCAGACCAAAGGAGUUGACUAAAGUUAUUGAAUGAGAUGAAUGAAGCGAAGGUGACAUAACAGGCAACAAAACAAAGUGAUUAUGUGGUAAGAGAGAGAACAUUCCAAGGAGAGACAAGUAAACCAGAUCAAGAUUUAAGGGCUAUUAUCAGUAAGAGAAUGAGAGUCUAAAUAAAUUAAGAUAAAAAUUUGUGAUAUAAGAGCUGUAGGACCCGAAAUGACAGAAACAUGAGGUAAGACAAGAAAAAACACACAACUAUAGGAAUAGAAAAUAAAUGUAAAAGAAGAUGGGAAAUAAAAGAAAGAGGAAAGUAAGAAAAUGGAAAGGAGGAAAAGAAAAGAAGGAAAAGAAGAGAAGAAAGAGGAAAAGAAAAACAGAAAAGAAGAAUCGAAACUAUGGUAGGAAUCGGAUAAAGUAGGAGAAAAGAGUGAAGGUAAAGAGAAGGUGCAAGUCUAGAUGUGUGUUAAUGGGUGAUUAGUAAGGAAAUAGAAGAAUGUUAGAAACUAGUGGGGCGUUGGGAAAGAGGGAACAAGGUUCCUUCCCUUUAAUUAAAACUACACUUUUUGAAGUUCGUAACCAAAAAUUGACUUUACCUUGUCUUAUCAUGUCACUCUUUGUCAUUCCUUUUCAUUUUACAUCAGUUGGUCUGUGCUAAUUCAAAUGGCAAGUACCUAGUUUUUUCGAGCAGGGAAGCAUGUUGCUCUUUAGGCACAUACAUAUUUUAAUCUAGUAACAUCGACUUGUAGUCAUAAUAUUUUAUCAUAAGGUACAAUGUAAGCCAUAUAUUUUGAAGUUACCACCUUCAUUGGUGUGCUAGUUACAACUACUUUGCGGAAUGUAAGUAUUCUCCACAUAAUUUUCUCAUUAACAGUCACAAUUUUAACCUUUUUGCCUUAAUCUAACGUGGAAAUACUUCAUUCCAGGCACUGAAGAUGUUCUGUUCAGAACGAAAACGUUUUGCAAUCCAUGUGGAUGACUUUUAGAAGUUUUAAAUAAACUAUUUUAUACCAAAAUACAAUUUGAAGUUUUUACUUCUGUAUAGGUUUUUUAAACUAUGGUAUACAGCCAACUAUUGGGAUUUUUCCAUUGAUUUUAUAAAACUUAUCUUUCAAAAACAAUGAAACAGCCACAACAAAAUACAGAGUAUUCAACCAAUAUUAUACAACCUAAGAGAAGAUAAUGAUAGUGACAGCAGAAAACGACAACAUAGUCAAUAGGGAUCUCUUCCUUAGCUCGUCUUCUAGUACGCCUUGGUCUUACUAUCUAGACUAGGUAUUUAUAUCAAUGUAAUAGAAUAGGUGCCUUGAAAAUAUGUAAUAUCGUGUAUUUAACGCUAAUAAUUAAGGAGCAAAUAUUUCAAAGAUUAAGACAUCAAUGUAACGAUAUUUUAUACCGGAAGUAGAGUAAAAAGUCAUUUAAAAUUUUAUUUACUUCAUGGUCAUGCCAUCCUAGUAGUAUUCAUGGGACUCUAGGCAUGACCACUUACCAAAAUCAUCAUCAAUGGCGUUACAUUGUAUGUCUUCACUCUCAAUCUUCAAUCUCACUUCUUAAUCAUCAUCAACUCUUCGUGUGUCUUUGCGUCGUUUACUAUUUCCUUCCACGUUUGUCUGUCCUAUGUCAUUACUUCCCCUUGUCUCACUCCCAUUUUCUCCAGAUCCUGCAAAACUUUUUGCAUAAUUUAUAAAAAUUAUUAGUAAUUUUCUUAUCACAAAAUAUAAUAAUCUUGUCUUCAGUUGGUUGAAGUAUAUUUUUAAAAUAAGUUUUUGAGAAUGGAUAACGACAGAACACCUAGUAGAACGCUUAGCGGAACUAUGGUCGGACGUCGGCCAGUAGGAACACCAAGGAAAAGGUGGAUAGGGAUAGCCGAAGUGAGAACCAAUGCUAAAGAGAUAUUGAGGGUGGACAACUAGAGGAGAGCAGACAGAGACUUAGAGACGGAUGGUGGGGGAGGCCAGGGCCCGACUUGGGCUGUAGCGCUAUAGGAGAGAGAGGUAAUUUUUAAAAUAAGAAAAUCUACGGUUUCGUUUUGAUUUAAAUCUGUCUCCCUCCAUCCCCCGAUAGUACUAUUUCUAGGUCUACCUGUUGUCAAGGAGGUUCUGAGGAAGACAAAUUUACACCAUCACGACCGUAGUUUCUCGAUAUAAAUUAAAACAAUUUAUAUCGCAGUAUGGUUAGAACACCCUCUAACGGGGAAUAAGUGAAUGGAUUUCGAUAAUUUUUCUUUUAAAUAUUUGCUUCAUACAUUAAGUGCCUUCCAGAUAUGCAACCGAUUAGAUCUGAGCAUGUGUUGUAUGUAGAAAUAAAAAGAUAUAUAUUUUGUAGAUAUUUUAAUAUACAUGGUUAGGAUAAAGUAUCGAAUAUAUCGAAAAUACAUUGAUAGGUUUACAUAUUGUGAGAAUGGGAACUUUUGCGAGUUUAUUGAACAUUUAAAGUUAUUUUUUUAAUAAUUACUACAUAUUCUCAUUGGUCAUGGUCUUGGGAAAUAAAUGUGCCUAUUGUUUAGUUGUAGUGAUUUGUUUCUCAUCUUGACAAAUUUCUUUUGCCAAACUUGGUGCAUAUAUCUGAAUUAGAAAUAGCAAGUUUUUUUAAAUAAAUAAUAUGCAAAAAUAUACAGGGUAUCCCAAUUAAAUUAAGUAAGUUGAGGGUAUUUUCGGUGAAACCGGAAGUAGAGUAGUAACAAAAAAUAUGGCGUCAGAUGCGUUAUGUAUCAUUGUACUUUUAAGCGGCUUUUUUGUUUCGAAGAUAUUUAGUUUGUUCCAUACUUUAUCCCAGCCCUGUGUAUGAAUCAUGUGCCUAUAAUAUACACAUGUCAACUUACAUAUUGUAGUUGUAUUUUCGUAGUAAUAAUUAUUCUAACGAGUUCAUUUACAAUAUUAAAUCGCUUUCCUAACAUUUGCCAAUGAUAGUUUUAAGGUUUUAAUUGUAUUUAGCGUCAUUUUAAUAUUGUAUAAAUCUUCCAUUUAUUUAUAAUAAUUUUCUUAGAAAAUGAAAUAUUUGGUGCUUAAUUAAAAAUAAAUUUAACUUCCUAACUUAUUUUUUAUAGUAUUUAAAAAUAAAUAACAAACUAAA